AUGUCUGACCCUGCGAACUACACCGUAGGCUGGAUAUGUGCCUUGCCUGUGGAAUAUGUUGCCGCUCAAGAAUUCCUCGAUGAAGAGCAUGAAAACCCCAAUUUUGUGUCGCCAAAUGACACCAACGACUAUACAUUAGGCAAGAUGGACGAGCAUAACAUCGUCAUCGCCGUCUUGCCUGAUGGUGAAUAUGGCACAGCUUCUGCGGCUAAUGUAGCAACUAACAUGCUGAACACCUUCCACAACGUCAGGAUAGGCCUCAUGGUCGGCAUCGGUGGCGGCGUACCAAGCGAAAAGCACGAUGUUCGUCUAGGCGACGUUGUGUACGACUUUGGUAAGUCGAUACAAGGCCAAGAAUUUCAGCAUACACGAUUUUUAAACCAACCACCCACUAUUUUGCGGACUGCUAUGACCGGAAUUCAAACACAAUACGAGAGGAAGGGACACCGGCUCGAAGAAGCUAUCAACAGUAUUCUUGACAGUAACGGAAGACUACGCAAGAAGUACCAACGUCCAGAAUCAAUCACGGAUAAGCUCUUCCAGCCUACUGCCAUUCAUGAAACAGAUUGCGGUGCUGCAUCGUGUGCAAAUAAUACUACAAAUUUAGUCUUGCGACGUGGGCGCUCUAUAAAUGAGGAUAACCCUGCAAUUCAUUACGGCAUGAUUGCUUCUGCCAACCAGUUAAUGAAGGAUGCUUUAAUAAGAGAUAAACUAGCUGCUGAAAAAGACGUUCUCUGUUUCGAAAUGGAAGCGGCCGGGCUGAUGAACACGUUCCCAUGUCUAGUUAUCCGGGGUAUCUGUGACUACUCGGACUCGCAUAAGAGCAAACAGUGGCAAGGAUAUGCAGCGAUGACGGCAGCUGCAUACGCCAAAGACCUUCUACAUAGAAUACCUCUUAAUAGGGUUGAGGCCGAGGAGAAGAUUAGUGUUGUUUUAUCUGGUUAG